GCGGAAGUCACAGUGUCUAUUUUUGUUGACGCGGAAGAGAGACAAACCUAAAGGAUGUUUUGCGAUUGAAGUUAGUAAUAAAGUUGAACUUAAAUAGCAGGUGACAGGUAAAAGAAAGUGUUAUCGGGAUUAUAGUUUUAUGUGAAGCGACAGACUUUAGUUUGACCGACUUUAAAACGCUAAUGGCUGGUGGUAAUUUACAGAAAGCUAUAGAUCUCGCAACCAAAGCUGCAGAGGAGGACAAAGCCAAAAACUAUGAGGAGGCCCUCAGAUAUUAUCAGAAUGCAGUGCAAUACUUCCUUCAUGUUGUCAAAUAUGAGGCCCAGGGUGAUCGGGCGGCACAGAGCAUCAGGGCCAAGUGUGCAGACUACCUGGACAGAGCCGAGCAGCUGAAGGAAUAUCUGAAGAAGAAGGAGAAGAGUCCUCCGGCCAAACCUGUCAAAGAGUCCCAGUCUGAUGACAAAGGGGAUGAAAAUGGUGAUGGGGAGGACGCAGAGAAAAAGAAGUUCCAAAAUCAACUCUCAGGUGCCAUUGUCAUGGAAAAGCCAAACAUCAAGUGGAACGAUGUAGCUGGACUAGAGGGAGCCAAAGAAGCCUUAAAAGAAGCUGUGAUCUUGCCCAUCAAAUUCCCUCAUCUGUUCACAGGAAAGCGAACACCUUGGCGGGGGAUCCUUCUGUUCGGCCCUCCAGGAACAGGGAAGUCCUACCUGGCCAAGGCAGUAGCCACAGAAGCCAACAACUCCACCUUCUUCUCCAUCUCCUCCUCAGACCUGGUGUCCAAGUGGUUGGGGGAAAGUGAAAAGUUGGUGAAGAACCUGUUCAGUUUAGCCCGAGAACACAAACCAUCCAUCAUUUUUAUAGACGAGAUCGACUCUCUCUGUGGCUCCAGGAGCGAGAACGAGAGUGAAGCAGCGCGCAGAAUUAAGACAGAGUUCCUCGUCCAGAUGCAGGGUGUUGGGAAUGAUAACGAUGGGAUCCUGGUCCUGGGAGCUACAAAUAUACCUUGGACCCUGGACUCAGCAAUCAGGAGAAGGUUUGAAAAACGAAUCUACAUUCCUCUGCCCGAGGAGCACGCCCGCUCCUUCAUGUUCAAACUGCAUCUGGGCUCCACCCCCAACAACCUGACCGAGGCAGACUUCAUCACUCUGGGCAAGAAGACGGAGGGUUACUCUGGAGCGGACGUCAGUGUUAUCGUUAGGGACGCCCUCAUGCAGCCUGUCAGGAAGAUUCAGUCAGCCACUCACUUCAAAAAGGUUCGCGGAUCAACGUGGAACAAUCCAGGCGUUGUGGUGGAAGACCUCUUGAGUCCGUGUUCGGCAGGUGAUCCCAACGCCAUAGAGAUGACGUGGAUGAACGUUCCUGGGGAGAAACUUCUAGAGCCGGUCGUGUGCAUGGCUGACAUGCUGAGAUCACUGACAAGCACCAAGCCAACAGUGAAUGAGCAGGACUUGGACAAGCUGAAGAAGUUUACUGAGGAUUUUGGUCAAGAAGGCUAAGAAUACUCUUCACUUACCGUGAAUGCAAUUAAGUUUUUUUCAGUUGUACUUUGGAUUAUUCAAUCAAUCUUUUGGUCCGUAGUGUCUAAAAUGGUUAAAAACUUUGUAUCACAGGUUACUGGAGCCCAAAGUAAACAUUACUUAAAGAUGUGAAGAAACAGAAAAGCAAGCUUAUAUUAUGGUUUUAAUUGAAGAUUAAGAUGCUUAACAGCUGAUGUUUGCUGGUCUUACUGGAGAAUUGACUAAAAUGAUUAACCGAUUAUCAAAUUCUUAAUUUACCGCUUGUACGUCGAACAACUAUUUAAUCGUUUCAACACUAUUUUAUUUACUACUGAGGCUUGUUUUUACAUCUGCGUAAGUAGGUUUUAUAUUGUUUUACUUGAUUAUUUUAUUUUGCAUGUCUCAAACCAAAGUGAUAAUAAUCUUUAUUUUUUUUACCACCACCAUCACUGUACUAGGAUAUGUGCAGUAGUUAGUGGUGCUACAGUGGGUAGAUGCACAUUUUCAACACAGCAUACCUCUCAAUAUAGUCUAUGGAGGGUUAUAUUGCACUUUACACAAUCAGUUUUGGGGUUGGCUUUUAUAAAUAGUCAUUUAUACUAUAAAAAGUAUGAAUUUUAUCAACAUGGAAACACACCCUUUUUACUGCUUGUUUUUACUAAACAAACACAGUUCAAACUUCCAAAUGCCUUCUGAGUUUGUAUUAAGUUACAAAACUUUUGUAUGAAACAUACAAUAUUGUAAAAUGUAAUGUAAUAAUGCUUUCAAAAGCAUGUUUUUAAAUUCUGAUCAACUUUGGGCAAAGAAGUUUUUUCUACUCUUCUACAGUUUCAACUCUCAGACUUCUGAAUUACUUAUAGCUAUAUGCUGUCAGUAUGUGUGAAAUACAUCUUUAUUUAAACGUUUCUUUUGGGGUUUACAGAGGUGACUUUCUGGUUGCAUAAAUAAAACUUGUUGAGGUGG